AUUUAGCACUCGACAAUUCAUUUAAAAUUAUAUUUAAUCCCAUUAUAAAACUAUGUGUAAAAACUCGACCAAAAUUCUAUGCAUGGCUGCCGUCAUAAUCGCCAUUAUAUUCAUUAAUACCGAGGUUUGCGAGUCAUUGCCGGCACCGGAAGGAGACGUCUCGGCGCUCGACACAUACGGCUGUCCUCUCAACAGUCUGUGCAAAAAGCACUGCAUUAAUGAAGCGCACGCCAGGACUGGUCAGUGUGACGGACCCUUCAAGAAAAACUGUCAUUGUAUCGGAGUUGGCACACAAUAAUGACCAUGUUGUCAUAAACAUAAACGGCUAA